AUGGUAAGAAUAAACUAGCUCAGAUGAUGCAAACUAGCCGGACCAUCUUUCAAUUUUCAGGAUUUCCGUAAAACCAAACACGCGCUUUCCACUUGUGCUGGAUUAUUGAAUCAUGUCAUCAAGGAAGUGAAGAGGCUAAGUACUUUAGCUCGCUCCUCAGCUAGCUCUCUCGUUAAGGAGCAGAGAUUAGUUAUGGCAGCUGCUAGUAUUGCAUCAACAGGUAUCGUUCUUGAAGCACUAAGAAAAGACAAUUACGAGAACUGGAGCACUCUGGUAAAAAACUAUCUGGUGGGUGAAGGUCUCUGGCACGGCAUCGUGGAGUCAGAUCCUAAUAAACCUGAUUAUGGCGAAAAAGACAACGAUAGCAAGAAUGAAUGGAGAUCGAAGAAUGCAAAGGCUCUACACGCAAUUCAACUGGCGUGUGGAUCAGAGAACCUCUCCAACAUAAGAAAAUUUGAGAAGGCCAGAGAGGCAUGGAACCACCUGAAGAUCUCAUUCAGCGAAGACGUGAGGGCGUUUCCAGAUAUCGAGCAAGGAAGCGAGGAUGAUCGAUACAUUUACAAACUCCACAGUGACGUCAAGAGAGGGAACUGGGACGACGCAAAAUCGCGCCUUAGCAGCUACCCCGAUUCGAUCUUCUCCACCACACCAUCUGCGGGAAGGACUGUUCUUCACGUUGCAGUGGCUUCCGGACAAGCGAGGAUAGUGAAGGAGUUGGUUAAAAUGGGGAACAGACGGUUGCUGAGGAUGCAGGACAAACAAGGCUACACGGCUCUUGCUCUUGCUGCUAAGUUAACGGAUAACAUAAACAUGGCGGAGAGGAUUAUUAAGAAAGGUGGGAACGAGAUGCUAACUAUCAAGACCAAGGGUGGUGAUGACUGUGGCGAUUAUAAUGGUGAUGCUAAAAAGAAUGAGGACGAUAAAGCAAAGAAAAACACAGAUGGGGAGGAAGAAGAGGAGGAGGAGGACAGUAAAGGGGAGAUUCCGGUACUUUUAGCAUCAGCGAAUUGUCACAAAGAGAUGACUAGGUAUCUCUUCUCCCAAACUCCCAUUGACGUUCUCUUCGAUAAUGGUGGCUAUUAUGGUCUUUUGCUUCUCAGGCGAUGCAUCUCUGCAGAAAUAUUCGAUGUUGCCGUUAUAUUGCUCCAACAUAGACUUAACAAGAAAACAUCUCUGACUCAUAAAGCCAGCGGUCUAAGGUCCAUAGUACACGCAUUAGCCCACAUGCCUUAUGCAUUUCGCAGCGGUGCCCAGCUUCAGUGGUGGCAGCAACUUAUCUAUAAUGCUUUGAGGCUGCGGACCCGAAUAAACCUCUACGGCAGAAGUAUUGAGAUCGUUUUACAUAUUGAAGCAGACGAAGAACCAGCAGAUACAAAUACUUUAGCAGAUCUUUUGGCAACUCAUCCUUUAGGCAGAAUCUUCAGAACCAUUUCAGCCUUAUUGCUAGUAAAACACCUAGGUCGACUUCUUGGACGAUUUAAACAUGUCGUUCAAAAUUCAAUAAUUCGAAACCUUCCUGGAAGUGAUCAAAUAUAUGAGAUGAAAAUGAACCAUUAUCUAGUACUUGAGAUUCUUAAAUGCUUGAGUAGAAGGAUAUCGGUAUUAGAAGAAUCAGAGCUGCAUGAAUGCUUAGCUUACGACACAAUGUUAGUGGCGGCUAAAAAUGGAACUAUUGAGUUCAUAAAUUCAAUGAGAAAUGCAAACCUUGACCUUCUGUGGGCCAUGGACAAAAAUAAACGUGGAAUAUUUUCACAUGCGAUUCUGAAUAGACAAGAAAAGGUUUUUGAACUGAUUCAUGAGAUUGAAGGGCGCACAGAGAUGAUUGCAUCUCGUGUAGAUGUGUUCAAAAAUAACAUGUUGCAUUUAGCAGCAGAAUUAGGACCCUCUUCCGAUCUUGACACCAGAUCCAACGCAGCAUUACAAAUGCAAAGAGAACUUCAUUGGUAUAUGGCAGUGGAAAAAAUUGUGCCUCCUAAAUGCAAAGACUUGAAAAAUGCAGAUGGAAAGAAGGCCCGUGAACUAUUUAGCAGAAACCAUGAGAGUCUUGUAAAAGGUGGAGAAAAAUGGGCAAGAGAUACUGCAAGUUCAUUCACACUUGUUGGCACCCUCAUUAUCACCAUCAUGUUUGCCGCAGCCUUCACUGUCCCCGGAGGAAAUGACCAAUAUACCGGCAUACCGAUUUUCUUGAAAAAGCGUGCUUUUACUGUCUUCAUUUUAGCUGAUGCAGUAUCUCUCAUUACUUCCUCUUCUUCGGUCUUGAUCUUUAUUGGAAUCCUUACAUCGCGUUAUGCUGAAAAAGAUUUUCUCAGAAGCUUGCCCCUCAAGUUGCUGUUUGGCCUUAUCACUCUCUUCUUUUCCGUUGCAUCCAUGAUGAUAGCUUUUGUUUCCGCACUUUCUAUGAUGCUCAAGGGAUAUCGUGGUGUUGUGAUAGCGGCAAUGUCACUUGCCAUUAUUCCAGUAUUGGUUCUCAUUCCUACAUUGUUGAGUCUUUCCUUAGAGAUUUUAAAAUCUACACUAAGACCUAAUUUACUCACUGCUAAGAAGAAAAGGAGUGAAGCCUAAUUCUUAUCUUCAAUUUGUCCUAAUGAGCCUAAAAUCAUCCCCAUCAUUUGACAUAUCUUGUAUCUGUAUGUUAUGUGUAUAUAAUUUUUAACACUAUCUUUAGAAUGUGAUGGUUUCAAGGCUAAUAUAAUGCAGAAGCAGAAGCAGAGAAUGGAAACAGAGGAAUUUAUUGGUAAUAUAAAUGUACACAAAUUGAAGACCCAUAUACACAUAGUAGAGGACACUAGAGAUACUCCUUAACAGA